UGACGUCGCUCCGUCAGCCGCCUGCAAGCGGGGAGAGGAGCGGACGGAGUCAACAUGGCGGCGCCGAGCGAGGCCCGGCCGUGAGGGGAGGGAGCGCGGGGCCGGGCGUGGCGGGGGCGGCCUAGGGGGAGCCUCGGCGUUACCUGGGCCGCCUCUCCGCUCGGCACAGCCCUGCGGCGGUGGGAGGCAGCUCUCCAGAGGUCUCGGCCAAGUGCCCGGGGGAUGGGGGCCUAGCGGGGCCCGGCCCUCGGAGCUGCGUCGUGAGCCGGCGGCGGGGCCUGCGGGAGGGGCUGAGGCCUCGGGGGGAAACUGAGGUACGGGGGGGGAUGAGAUUGGACGCCGUGGGUCUGCGGACGCCGCUCAGCCCCGGGGGAGCGACGGGAGGGCGCUGAGAGGGGGACGCGGAGCGCUGUGCUGAGGGGCGGCUAUCGAGGGGGCCCCUCUCUAAGUUAAAAGGGCGUCGGGGGGUCGUUGAGGGCAGUGGAGGCGGCAUGAGCCCGGCUCUGGGCCUGUAGUCCCACCCACGAACCCUUUUGUUGGCCCUUUUCUUUUUUUUCUUUCCAAAUUUUGUGAGCAAGACCAAUUUCCUGGAGGAGCUUUUGGGGAACAAACAGGUUUAAAGCAGCCCAACCUGCCCCUCGCUUGGUUACCCUGCUAUAGGAGAAAUGGGGAUUUGGGAUUGAGAAGAUGUCCGAAGGAGCAGCGUAAGGAGCACAGGGUUGGUUCAGGGCGUCAAUAAAUUAUUAUAGAGGAAAGCAGGGAUCUAAAAAGAAAAAGUUUGGGCAUCAAAGUUGCUUAAAAAAAGACAAAAAAAUAAACUGUUUGGUGACUUCUGGAAAGUCCACCGUGGAGAGAGGGCCACCAGCACCGGCUUCCCGUGACAAGAGCCAUACGUGGGCCACGCUGUAAAGCUGUAGGUGGCCCCACUGGGGCUCUGCAUUGAAGAAACCUGAGAGAAAAGGGGAUAGAGGACUUCGGAGCAAUCCGUGCUCGGAUUCACAUCGGAGCGGAUACGCGCAGAGCAGAGGAACUCCUCAUUAAGGAGUCGUGUGCCGGGCAGAGAUGGCAGCCCUGAAACGCAGCCGCUCGCAGGCCUGGCCCGAGGAGCAGGGGGACCGUGAGCACGGGCUGUACAGCCUGCACCGCAUGUUCGACAUCGUGGGCACUCACCUGACGCACCGCGAUGUGCGCGUCCUCUCCUUCCUCUUUGUGGACGUCAUUGACGACUACGAGCGGGGCAUGAUCCGCAGCGGCAGGGACUUCUUGCUGGCGCUGGAGCGGCAGGGCCGCUGCGACGAGACCAACUUCAGGCAGGUGCUGCAGCUGCUGCGGAUCAUCACGCGCCAUGACCUGCUGCCCUACGUCACCCUCAAGAGGCGACGGGCUGUGUGUCCAGACCUGGUGGACAAGUACUUGGAGGAGACCUCCAUCCGCUACGUUACGCCGCGGGCUCACAGUGCAGCGGAACACGGCCUCGGCCACCCCCACAAAUCAGUGCCUCCCCAGCACCCCAUGGUCUGCUGCUCCUCGGCGGGGCCGCAGAUCUGCACCAAGAGGCCCGGCCGCAGCAGGGCCCUCCUCAGCAGCCAACGCAAGCGCAGGAAGUCGGCAACUCCAGACCCCAAGGAGAAGCAGACAUGUGACAUUCGCUUGCGAGUCCGAGCCGAGUACUGCCAGCACGAGACGGCGCUCCAGGGCAACGUCUUCUCCAACAAGCAGGACCCGCUGGAGCGCCAGUUUGAACGCUUCAACCAAGCCAACACCAUCCUGAAGUCCCGGGACCUGGGCUCCAUCAUCUGUGACAUAAAAUUCUCAGAGCUCACCUACCUCGACGCGUUCUGGCGCGAUUACAUCAACGGCUCUUUGCUGGAGGCCCUCAAGGGCGUCUUCAUCACGGACUCGCUCAAACAAGCUGUGGGCCACGAAGCCAUCAAACUGCUGGUCAAUGUGGAUGAGGAGGAUUACGAGGUCGGGCGCCAGAAACUCCUGAGGAACUUGAUGCUGCAGACAGCACCCUGACGCCCGGUGGGAUCCGAGCUCUUCUUUUUGUUGUUGGUUCUUUUUAUUUUCUAAAAGAAAAAAGAUUUGGAAGCCCUGCUGGACUCCCACCGGGUGCUGAGCUGCGGGGAGCACCGGAGGCUGAACGUGUUUCUCUCUCACCCUUCUCCUGUCCCGUCACUUUCUCUCUUGCUUUGUUUCCUUUUUUUCCUCUUCUGUUUUGUAUCCAUUUAAAAACAAACAAACAAACAAAAAAAGGCAAAAAUGACCCAAAAAAGUUUAAAAAAAAAAAAAAAAAAGUAAAAAAAAAAAUCUGCCCCAGGGUGGGUCAGCAAUGGGCAGAGGGAUGCUGGGAUGGGAGGGGGUUGUACUGGGAGGAACUGGGGGGCAGCUGUGCCCCUCUCCUGCCCUUUUGUCAGUGUCCCUGUGGGCCUGGCACUGGGGUGACCCUGUUGUCCCCAAAGCUGGAGCCCUGACCCCCCCAACCCCGCUCCACUGCCUCCUCUCUGGGGUCCUCGGGAGCAGCUCCAGUGGUGGCCCCACGCUGCCCCCAGGACCAUGUGCCUUUGUGUCCCCCUCCCUGUGGGGCUGGGGUUGGGGUGGGGGGAACCAGUGCUGAGGGACGCGGUGAGAUCUCUGCCUGUCCUGUCCUCACUGCAACUGGAUGAGCUGGGACAAACUGUGGGGCAGGGGAGUUGGCCCCAUGGCUGUGUCCUAGUGGCUCUGUCACCUCUGCUGUCCCCCUUCUGAAGGUCCUGGGCUGGGGGGGGGAACAUUCCCCUCUCCACCCCCAAUGUUGUGGUUUCCUCCCCAUCCCCCCAAGCUGUCCCCCAGCCAUGGGGUGGGUGCUGACCCCACAGCUGGGGAGGGGGAUGUGUGGUACCUUCCUCCCCUUUCCCCCCCCUCCAGGUGACAGCCAACUUUGGCACAAUGUGGUGUAAUUUCUGUGACUUCUGUAUUUUUUAAAACUUCAAUAUAACGGUCAUAUUCCCUGUGUAGCUUUCGGUUUUCUUGAAAUAAACAUCUACAGCAGU